AUGUUGAAUACGUCAGGAUUGGAUGGAGGGACAGCAGGUGUGGACAGAGAGAAGUUGAUCAAUCAAUUCAACGAUUACAACAACACCAGGAUACAUUUAUUCCUUCUUUCGACCAGGGCAGGAUGUUUGGGCAUUAAUUUGAUUGGAGCCUGUCGGGUUGUCAUCUUUGACGCUUCUUGGAACCCUUGCCACGAUUGUCAGGCUGUUUGUCGAGUCUACAGAUAUGGUCAGAACAAAUGCUGCUUCGUAUAUCGCCUCGUGUCAGACAACACCAUGGAGAAAAACAUAUACGACAGGCAGAUCAACAAGCAGGGAAUAUCAGACAGAGUCGUCGACGAGUUGAAUCCACAGAAUCUCCUGUCCAAGAAGCAAGUCGACAUGCUGAUGAGAUGCGAGGAGACGGAAUCGCCUGAAGUUAAUCUGGAGGGUUGUGAAGAAAAAUGCUCUGACCCACUUUUAAUCCAGGUCAUCAAGAGGAAUAAACAUUGGCUUACAAAGUCAUUUUUAUCAUUGGCACCAGCAUUUGCACACGAUUUCAUGGUAAUCUUGAUUAACGUUUGCAAUCUUGGCAUAAUCACAUUUCAGGAACCAUUCACUCAUGAAUCUCUGCUACUGGAUCGCAAGGAUCAGAAGUUGACGAGGCACGAGAAGAGGCUGGCUAAGCAGGGAUACGAGAUGGAGAAGAAGAUGAGUAGUUUGGGAAUCAGGCAGUCCAGUCUCUAUGGAAAGUCACUCGAUGGCGUCUCCAUGGUCCGAUUCGGUCAGCGUCCUGUGGCCAGCGUGCGUCCAAUGAUGUCGACAAACAUUAGGGGUGGCCUGGCCCCCCGUGGUGUAACCAACAAUCAAUUUAGGGCCCCUGGUUUGAAGCCUGGAGUCUCCGUACAGCAGAUUCAAACUACAACUGACAUAAUCAUCCCGGGAACGAACACUGUUUCCGAUUCAGCUGGCAGCAAAAUUCCAGCCGGUGAAAAAGUUUUAGUUAUAAAAACUCCAAAAGGGGUUUACAUCAGAACAAGUCAUGGGAAAAUAUUUGCUGUCAGAACAGCCCCAAAACCUGGUGCAACCACAGCAGCUGCUUCAACGGCGACUGCAUCCGCUGCAACAAAUUCUUCAGCGUUAUCUGGAACUACUACUACACAGGCCAGGGGUGGUACUAUCAGUUCUGCUAAAAAAGUUGAUGAUGAUGAUAAAGUUAUGGAAGUCGUUGAUGAUGAUGAUGAUGAAGAUGGAGUUUCCAUUGUGAAAGAUGACACAAGCAAGAGCAACGCAAACAACGUAAGCAAUAACAAUACAGCAUCACCACUAUCGCAACAAGCUGCAGCUGGAGACUCUUCAAAAGUUGCAACGACUGCAACGGCCACAACCACCAUAAGCGCGUUUGCUUCUGUAGCUAGCUCUGCAAGCAGUGUGACAGCGCAGUCAAACAUCUCUGCAAACAUUGUAUUAACGACAACCAACAAUCCGACUAUCAGGAUAGCUGAAGAUUCAUACUCCAUUGGCAAUCAUUCUAAAUAUAACUGCGCUGCAACUGCAUCAACAGCUACUGCACUUGCGUCAUCGACAACAACAGGAAACAAAAAUAUUCUGCCAGUUGCUUCCACCUCUGCACAGCAUCCCUCGCUUGCAUCUCCCACCACCACUCCAAUGCCAAAACAACAACAACCGCAAGAUGCAACAGGCAGCGACAAACAACAAACAAACUGCAACAACAACAUUAACAGUAGUAAUAAUAAUAAUAACAGUUUCAUGAACAACAGUAACAAGUUUUCAUCAAAAUCAACAAAUCCUCUUCCUGUCAGACCUGUGCUACCAAUGCCCAACAACAAUAAUAAUAAUAAUAACAACAGUAAUAAUAAUUUUUCAAACAACAAUAAUAACAAUGCAAAUAAAAAUACGAAAAAGACAAAAGAUAAGGGUGACUUUUUGUCUCCAUCAUCAUCAUCUAGUCAUCACGCCACCAAGGAAACUGGAAGUGUCACCCCCUUCAACAACAAUCCUUCAACAACAAAACCAGUUGCUCAGCCACAGCCCGUUGCCAACAACAGCGCAUCAUCUCAGCAGCAACAACAACACAACUCUUUCAUGGACUGGAACAAAAGACCGCCAGGCUCUUCGUCAUCAUCUGCCUCGUCAGCGUCUAUGAUGAACAAAGAUUUCGAUUCACUUUUUGGCAUUCCACCUCCCAGCCCUGGUCAUCUGGCUUCGUCAUUUGAUGGCGGAAUGGGUGGACUGUUCCCUAACUAUCUUAAACCAUCGGCCGAUCCUAUGAGCGGAUUUCCAUCCUCCUUCUCAUCCAACCACUCAUCAUCGCUUGCCGAUCGACAUUCAUCCAAGAGUAAUUUCACGGCGAAUCCAUUCUCAUCCUCAUCUUCAUCCUCCUCCUUGCAUCAUCCGGUGCCAAUGACACCAUCCUACUUGCAUCCUGGUAUGAACCCGUACGCAAUGCCUAAUCCUUAUUCCUGGAUGACCAGUCCGAUGUGGAUGGACGCCCAACAUCAACUACCUCACUUUCCAGGUUCUGACUAUGGUUCAAACCCCGCUGCCGAUGCUUUCGGGCUUGCUGGUAGCAUUAGUGGCAGCGGUGGAAGUAGUCUCGGCAGCGACCUUUUGGGAAUGGACAAUUUUCCAGGUAGUGGGGGUAGUAGUGGUGUUGGGGGUCCGAGUGCAAGCGUUGGAAGUGGGUUGGCAGGGUUUGGUGGUCCUUUUGAGGAUCGCAGUUUUUCAUCACUUCUCAUGGGAGAAGAUGAAAAUGCUUCACGGAACAGAUCCAACAACAAUAACAGCAGCAACAGUAGUAGCAGCGGUAGCAAUCGUAACAACAGCAGCAGCAACAACAACAUGAACUCUCCGGGGUACAGGCAAAGUUCAUACCCUCACCCAUCCCCUAUGACUGGUUACCCCUAUCAUAAUCCUUACUCGCCGUACCCACCCAUGCCUCAGCCAGGCAGUUACUAUCCAGGACCUGGAUCCUCUUCGCACUCCGCCACCCCCGGAAUGGGAAGAGGAAGCUACUUGGGACCCACAUCUAUGCACUACCCCCCUCAGCACCCUGGCCCGUUUAUGCAGUCACCAUAUGAUUUUGGGAGAAAUAUACUUCAGGGCUCCAGUAAAAAGGAAGGCUUUGAUGAAAAGUAG